AUUGCAAAUGCUGAGUUUGCCUUUCCCACUCAAUGGGAGAGGAACUGCUGAUCACAGGGAAGCCGCGGCGCUGUCACAUGGUUUGGAACAAAAAAACGAGUCUGGCGAGAAAAUAAAGACACGACUUCUCUAUAGUUCCGGAUCAGUACAGAGUGAUGUCUAUAAAAGUGGAAUGCGUGAUAAAGGAGAAGAACGCUAUUGGAGAGGGUCCAGUGUGGGAGGAGAAGGAUGAGACCUUGCUGUACGUGGAUAUAUCCGGGCAGAAGAUACAUAGGUGGAACCCUGCAACCAAUCAGAUACAGACUAUGACAACAGGUGAACCAAUCACAAACAAGUUUGUGGGCUGUGCUGUUCCUCGGAGGUCUGGCGGGUAUGUGAUCGGGGAGGGCACUCGUUUUGCGGCGGUGGACUGGGCCUCUCAGACCAUCACCACCAUCGCUCACAUCGACGCAGACAAGCCCAACAACCGCUUCAACGACGGCAAGGUGGACCCUGCAGGACGCCUCUUUGCAGGUACCAUGGCGUUAGAGGAACGUCCAGCGGUUCUAGAACCCAAGCAGGGUUCUCUGUUCUCGCUCCACACUGACCUCAGUGUGGUCAAACACUUCAGCCAGGUGGACAUCUCCAACGGGCUGGACUGGUCCCUGGACCACAGAACCUUCUACUACAUUGACAGCCUCACCUAUACAGUGGAGGCCUUUGACUACGACAUCAACACUGGGGCAUUGAGUAACUGGAGGAUGGUGUACAGGUUGGAGCAGGACGAGGGCGUCCCUGACGGCAUGUGUAUAGACUCAGAUGGGAGGCUGUGGGUGGCGUGCUACAACGGAGGACGGGUGAUCCACAUAGACCCUCACACAGGCGUGCGUUUGCAGACGGUGAAGCUUCCGGUUCAGAAGACCACCUCCUGCUGUUUCGGGGGCAGAAACUACUCUGACCUCUACGUGACCUCUGCCUACCUGGGCAUGGACGAGUCGGACUUGGCCAAGCAGCCACAGGCUGGCUGCGUCUUUAAGGUGACAGGUUUAGGAGCAAAGGGGAUUCCUACAAACUCCUUUGCUGGAUGAGAGCUCUCCUCAACAAGGAGGACACUGACCCUGAGCCUCUGCUAACAACACUGCUGUGAUUGGUUGUCUGUCCUCAAAUCACUGCUACGAGUGUGUGGGUUAAAAAACAAGGUUUGUUGAUUUUGGUGCUCUUGAUUUUACUAAACAAAUAAAUGUGAAUAACAUUGAUGUAGCAGAGUUCAAUGAUGUUUUAAUUGUCAAUGUAUGUCUAUUAAAUAAAUACAUUUAAAUAAAUAAAACGAUGUAAAAUGA